AUGCGCCUCCGCCGUGUUUCCCUGGCUGUCGGUGCCGUUGCUGCCGGAGGUGCUGCCAUCUACCAGUACCGCCAGUCCUCGAACUCGUCCGCCUCGCCUGUUCCGUCUGCCUCGCCGACAAACUACCCUACUCCCGCCGCCCCUGUUACGACUGGUCCCGUGUCAGAAGAAGUCGCCGAUGCUGUGCGCCGCGCCCUCAUAGUCGAGCAAGGUGCUCUCUAUACCAGUGUCAUUCCCGACAACCAGCCUUUGCACAAGGAGACGGACGACUACGGCCGCAAGGUCCUCGAGAUGUUGACAGCCGAGCAAGCCACCCAGAAGCUGAGGACCAACCAGGAGUCUUACCUGGUCGGCCGUGGCUCUGGCGUUGUUCGCUACGAUGUUGUUCAGAUUCCUAGCAACGACCCCAUCGAGGACGACCACGCAGAGAAGAUCAUCCACGUACCCGAGUCCGUCUCUGGUCAGACUGAGGGCAGCGAUUGGAUGUUCUGGGGUGUCUUUGACGGUCAUGCCGGCUGGACCACAUCUGCCAAACUCCGCCAGACUCUCAUCUCCUUCGUUGCUCGCGAAUUGAACACAACAUACACAGCCGCCUCCGCAAACUCGUCCCUCAAGCCUCCCCCUGCAGAUGCCGUCGACGCUGCCAUCAAGAAGGGCUUUACCUUGCUCGACCAUGAGAUUACACACGAGAGUGUCAAGAAGGUUCAGAGUGCAAAGUCAAGGUCCUUGGCCGCAGAGCUCCUAGCUCCUGCCCUGUCUGGCUCAUGCGCUCUGCUUUCAUUCUACGACAGCCGUUCCAAGGAGCUCCGUGUUGCUUGUACCGGUGACUCGCGUGCUGUUCUGGGCCGUCGUGCCUCCAGCGGCAAAUGGACUGCAACUGCCCUUUCUGUCGACCAAACUGGAGGAACAGAGUCUGAGAAUGAACGUCUGCGCAAAGAACAUCCCAAUGAGCCCUAUGUUACCCACAACGGCCGUAUUCUCGGCGGUCUCGAACCUAGCCGUGCUUUUGGAGACGCCGUCUACAAGUGGUCCAAGGAGACUCAAGAUCUCUUGAGAAAGAACUUCUUUACUCGCUCCUACUCAAAGUACCUGAAGACUCCUCCGUAUGUCACUGCUGAGCCCGUCAUUACCACCACAAAGGUUCAGCCUGAGAAAGGCGACUUUGUUGUCAUGGCCACGGACGGCCUGUGGGAGAUGCUCACAAACGAAGAGGUCGUCGGUCUUGUUGGCAUGUGGCUUGAUCAACAGGCUCACCUUACCCCUCAGCAGAACCAGUCCUGGUUGAGGUCAUGGUUCGGCUCAAACAAGACAUCUGCUCUAAACGUUGAAGGUGCCGCUCAUGGAGAGGAUGCCACUGGUCAACGUGCUCCCAUUCGUCAGCAGCAGUGGGGUGUCAAUGACCCUGAGUUCCAGCGCUUUGUUGUUGAGGACAAGAAUGCUGCGACUCAUCUUGCACGCAAUGCUCUUGGCGGCAAAGACCAAGAUACUUUAUCCGCACUACUCACUCUCCCCAGCCCUUACUCGCGCAGAUACCGCGAUGAUCUGACCAUUGAAGUCAUCUUCUUUGGUGAGGGUGGACCAGAACGCACAGGCAAGGUGGAGUUGAACAAGGAGGCUUCGGCACUGAGCUCCGAGGGCGUCAAGCCUAAGCUUUGA